GAUAAGGACACUGUCAAUGUCAAAUAGGAAAGUUGACGCUAGCAUAACAGUUCUAUAAUUACGUCGCCUGCUGUAUUUUCCUUGUAAAAAAAGGUCGUUUAAACAGAUCCUUCGGUUAAGUGUUCGUUAGUUUUCGGCUGCCCGGUUGUUUUUCUCGGACUGUACCCGCUGAAGUGACCGGACAAGAUGCGCCUCACGCUGCAGCUGCUGAUCUCUCACGGCCGGAUGGCCCGCAGGAUGGGUCUGGGCCCAGAGUCCCGGCUCAACAUGCUGCGGAACAUUCUGACCGGACUCGUCCGACACGAGAGGAUAGAAACCACGACGGGCCGAGCCGACGAAGUCCAGUUCUACGCCGAAAAGUUGAUCGACUACGCCAAGAAGGGAGACACUGAUGAGAAGGCGAUGAAAAUGGCCAGUUUUUGGCUCACGGAAAAGGACCUCGUACCAAAGCUUUUUAAAGUCCUCGCGCCUCGCUUUCAAAACCACUCGAAUAACUACACGCGGAUGGUGCGCAUUCCUAACAGAGAGAACCUGGACAGAGCCAAGAUGGCCGUGCUGGAGUAUAAAGGCAACCCCUUCCCACCACUUUUUCCUGCCAAAAAGGAGAACGAACUGACUCUCAUUAACCAGCUGCUCCGAGGCUACAGAGAUGAGAAGGCUAACGAGUUAGCUGCAAACCCUAAAUGAUAUCAUCAUCGUGCUGGAUUUAUUAAUGUUGAAUGGUGAAAAAACAUUUCUUCAGAGUGAGAUUGAUGGUAAAACCGGCAGCAGCGGAGGCUUGCGCUCACAUUUUCCAUAAUGUAACUAGAAAAUAUCUUAUUGUGACUUGCUGGGUUGUUUCUAAUAAAAACGUCUGACCUUUUUUUACAUUUACUAUUAUAAAUAAACAGUAAUCCAAUAACUUAUGACCAGUAGUAGCUCCCAUGCCUUCCAAAAUAUGUUUGUGUUUGAGUUAAGAAAAUAAGACGGGAAAUGUGUCUGAGCCAAGUCUUGUGAUUUUUGUCUGUUUCAAAAGAUCGAUGUGCAACUAAGGGAUUUUUUAAUAAUAAAAGCUUUUUUGAGACUGAAGGAAAAAAA